CGACUGGCGAUUCAAAGCGUUUUCGCCACUCUCGCGAUUCGGUCGGUGCUCCAAUCCAAGCGGAAAAUGUCGGAAGUAUUGCGUACCGCUCUGGUCAAACUGCAGGCCCUCGUCGGACUGAUCGGCCUCGUGGCCAUAACUCCACUACUCGUUUUCGCCGCAAUUCUCAGCCGGCUUAUUGCCAAACUCUGCAACUGUCCAAAGCCAAAAAGCAUCGAGGGAGAUGUGGCCGUGGUUACUGGAGCUGGACAUGGUCUAGGUCGUGCACUUGCCCUUGAGUUGGCCAAAAAGGGCUGUCACGUUGCCGUGGUCGAUAUAAAUAUUUCUGGAGCCGAGGAAACCGUUAAGCAAAUCGGGGAAACGUAUAAAGUUCGCGCCAAGGCGUACAAGACCAACGUUGCUAGUCAUGGAGAAAUUGCCGAGCUUAACGCUAAAGUGGUUAAAGAUCUUGGCCCGGUUACUGUCCUUGUUAAUAAUGCAGGUGUAAUGUUGCACCGCAACCCUUUGGACCCAGAACCGGCUGAUAUUCAGCUCAUGAUCGAUGUCAAUUUAACUUCGCACUUCUGGACCAAGUUAGUUUUCCUGCCGAAAAUGAAAGAGUUGCGCAGAGGUUUCAUAAUGACAAUCAGUUCUUUGGCCGGCAUUUUUCCCCUGCCCUACAGCUCAGCUUACACAACGAGUAAAGCUGGCACCUCGGCUCAUAUGAGGGCCUUGCGAACGGAGCUCGCUCUGGAGAAUCAGAAAGACAUCCAUGUGUCCACUGUCAUGCCCACUUUUCUGCGCACCAACGACGAGGUAACGCAGCUGUCCAACGAUAUCGGAAUCUGCGAUCUGUAUCCCCUAAUCCCCGGCGAGGAGGUGGCACGGCGAACCGUGGACGGAAUGUUGAGGGGUGAACAUGAGAUCACGCUGCCAGGACUCGCGUCGGUCUUUUAUCGACUGAUUUAUCUCCUGCCAGCCGAAUGGCAAAUUAAAAUCAGUUUGCUGACCGCCGCCAGUCGCUUCGAGCAGUUCCGCAAGUCGCGAUCCUGAGGAAUACAAAUAUAUAUAGUCUGGUUUCGGAUGCAAACAAAAAA